ACAACAAAACCGCUCAUCUCCUGCACGAAGCCGCAAAAAUGGUGAAGCCAAUCACCGGCAUGCUCCGAAGGGGCCUAGUCCUCGAUCUCUCCGUUGCUUUCGGUCUCGGUACCUCAUUUGGAUACUUAUGGUGGUACGGCUUCCACGUCCCAUCGGUCCGCAGGAGAGAUGUUUUUUACGCCAAGCUGGAGGAUCAGAGAGCCAAUGCAUUCAGCCAGCAAUAGAGCAUUGUGAUGGAGAGGGAUAUUUGAGGCGAAAGAAGGGAAUGGAAUGGAAUGGCACUGCGAUCAUGGAAAAGCAUGCGACAAACAACACCGCCCACGAACGCCAGACUUGCGGCAGCGGUUGUACAUAUCCCACCAUUGGAGCAGGAAUGGAAGUGAUUGCGAAAGUCAUAUGUUGGAUCUCAUAUUUUCUUUUUCCAUGGAAUCCGCCUUCAUCCUCGCAGACGAGUACUAAUGUUCACUCCGG